AUGCACGCUAGAACAACGCUCAGCACCAAAAUACUGUACCUCCAGCCUGUGCCUCAAAGUUCUUCAUUCCCGCCACCUCACCCGCCUGUCGACGCCGCCACGCACGCCUCACCCUCCAAACAAAUGCAGCUGCUGCCAAAGAAUAUUGCCUGCAGCUUGUCUUGCCCAAGUCCUGUCCAGUCCGCCAAGCCCUUUCUCGUCCCUGUCCGCAUCGACCAGAGCGCUGCUAACCUCUUCAUCCCCGAAUCCGACUUCCAUUCACCCACCAUCUCCCCCAACCAGUACCUUCGCUUUUCCUUUCCUCGCCUCGCACCAAGCCGCUCCUGCACUCUGAAUCGCAUCGCCCCUUCACGCACCCACAAGGGGUUCUAUCGACAUUCGCUCACUCACUUGCGAAUUGCCAUAUUCGCCUCUGCACCUCGUCUGACGCCACUAGAAAUGGACGCAGCUCAGCUCCCCCCUCUCCAGUUUGAGGAUGGCCCUCUUCAGAUCGUUCUCUUGCCCUCGCUUGAUGACGGAGACGCUGGCUCCUUUGAUGACCCCUUUGCCGAUUAUUUCAGCCGCGACCCUGACGACCACAGCAACAAAACUGAAACCGCACACCGAAACAAAAGCACACCAGAGCUGGAACCUCCACAGCCUACUCAUCAACUUCUAACAGAAACUUUGCCAUCGACCGCCUACCAACCAACGCCACGCAUGUCUCAGCAACGACAACACCAGGACAAUGCGCCGGCUCAACAUGCAUUUCAGCAACCGGCCUCGCAACAGCAACCACAGCAUCUGCAGUACGCUGAACCACUGCUCGAACUAGACCCCAUUCACCACCGACGCCAGCUCUCGCUCCCAGAUUCUGAACAUGACGUCGAGACGCCGCAUGACUGGCAGGACUCGCCCUCGACCGCCGACGAAUCUGCACCCGAACACCCCAUUCCAGCAUUCCAGGGUGCCUUUGCCGAAUCCCUGCGAGAAGCGACAGAGGGAACAGCAGUCCAAAAACCUCGAUUGCAAGAGAUGGAUGCCAAGUCUCGCCGUGAACGACUCCUUAGUCAAGGCAAGGAUGAGGACCCCUUCGAUAUCAAAUGGCGAUACCGGCCGGGCCAGACUCAGCACGAGGUCAUGAAACUGGUCGCCCAAAUCUCGUUUGGUGUUUACCUCAUGUUUAACGGCAUGGCAAACAGCAACGCUCAAGUUAUUGGCAUUCUUCAAGGCCACAUCGACGAGAUCGACGAGUUUCUCGAAGUCGCUCUCGAAGAUCUGAAACAGGCUGUAGAGGAUCUAACAAAGCGAAUUCAGCACCUCAAGCUUCCCAUGGAAAAUAUCACAGUAUUCGAGCAACUCCUAGAGGACCGCAAAUUUCGAGCCGAGAUUCUCGACGGCAACGAAAGGAUAGACGGCAUCCUCACUCGAACUAAUGCUGCCAUGCGACAGUGGGAUGAUGAUAUUGAAGCCGGCCUCCGAGGCAGUACAGUCUUUGCCAGCUGGCUCAACGACCAAGCCGGCGGUGACUGGCGCCACGAACAGCCCGAUCUCGUCGAUGUCUACGAUGCCAUGAAGGGCAAUACCGAAGGAUGGCAGAAUGCUUUUGAAGAUAUGAAUAAUCGCGCACAGGAGAUCAAUAGUCUCAUCAUGACCCUCAUGACCAUUAUCACCGAAAUGGAGAGCAAAGCUGGCGAAGUGAGCCGAAGAACUUGGACUUCAGUUGCGCCUUUUUCCACACCCACGGGAACGAUCCAAUCGACGUCCACUCGCAACACUGUCAAGGGCGCUUCCCCGUCACCCCCGCCAUCCCGCAAUUCGCAUGCCAAAUCGUCCAACCAUUCGGGCCAUCAAACAUAUGUCCCGAACCACUUGUCGCUGACACCGAAUGAGUCCAACCAGGGAGAUGAAGACGACGACGACGAAGAGUUUGAUGAUGAUACAUUCUUUCCACUUCCGGGCGGUUUACCUUUGCUCCCACCAACGACGAAUCGUCACCGUGAAAAUAGCUCCAUCUCAUCAAAGCCACGCUCAGAGCCAGUCACAGACUCACCGACGAUCCACCAGCAAGAGAUGUCCCCGAAGCGGCUUCGCAGCAGUGCUCCUGCCGAGGAUACCUCGCUGUAUAUUCUCCAGCCGCGGACGUAUACUCCGCAACCUCCUGCUCCCGUUCCUUCGCCUAUGUUGAUAGCGACACCAUCAUCUGCAGAGCCUCCGCCGCUUCGUAAACGGCCUUCUCUCCGCAACCGUAUCCUGAACCCGCCCACCUCUAUCCAAAUUCCACCAACUUCCACCCCCGACUCUCCGCUAUAUGUGCCCUCGUCGCACUUCGGCACGCCCCGGACCACUAGCUCGAUGCACGAUCUACGAAGUCCGGACACUGGCUACACCCGCGCGCCGCCCCGGCCCCGCAUGACCUCACCCUUGGACACGCCGACGUCUGACCUGCGCACCUUUACGCCGUCACCCUUUUCCGACCACCAUUCCUUCCAGCCUGUACGAGCCUCGCCGCACUCGCCCCUACAGCAGCGGCCACACACCGCCACAGGACCGCAUCGGCCGGUCACCGCGCAAACAGCACACAAGCCUACACCGCUCGGCGCCAUGACGAACGCGAGUAACGUGCCGGUCGCACGACCGCCGAUGGACCGCGUCAACACCACGAGCGGCCUGUCGCAUCACACGGAGCGGCAGCUUAAAAAGAAGAAGAGCGCCUUUGGCUGGAUCAAGAAGGCCUUUACAAUGGACGAAGACGAGCGCGCCGCGUUUGAGUCACGCAAGGCGGCCGGCGGCCCGCAACCACCCUAUUACGAUCCCAAUACGCCUCGGUUCCUCGAUGGCAAGAGAAUACGCUAG